GCUGGAGAGAGAGCGAGGGGGAGAGAGAGGGGGAGAGAGAGAGGGAGGCUCUGGGAGAGAGAGAGAGACAGAGGGACAGAGAGGUACACAGAAACACGCUGUGGGAGACACGGAACAGCGCAGAACAUUCUCAACAAAGUGGUAAGUGUUCGGUCCACGGAGGGACACCGUCGUGGCUCGCCCGUGUUCCCUCGGCUCCGCUGCCCCAGAAUGCUCGGUGCUACCGGUUCAUUCCUGCCGUACCCGAAGCAUUCGCUGCCGCGGCGUCCCCACGGAUACUGAAGCCCAGAUGCUCACCCUCUCCGGCGACAUGGACGACUCUUCGUCGCUGCUGGAUCUGCUGGAGUGCUCGGUGUGCCUGGAGCGCCUGGACACCACGGCCAAGGUGCUGCCGUGCCAGCACACCUUCUGCCGCCGCUGCCUGGAGAACAUUAUCAGCUCUCGUAACGAGCUGCGGUGCCCGGAGUGCCGCAUCUUAGUGGACUGCGGGGUGGACGACCUGCCCGCCAACAUCCUCCUGGUUCGGCUUCUGGACGGAAUCAAGCAGCGGCCCCAGCGAGGGAAUGGAGGAGGAGGAGGCAAGCAGUGCGCGGCCGCCGGCUCGCUGCAGGGGUACGCGGCCGGGCUGUCCGCUUCUCCCCCGGGCAGUGCGACCAGAGAGCUGCCCGUGGCCACCAGGAGCUCCCCCGUAAAGAACAUCCCAGCGCUGCCGUGCGGUAAGGCCCUCUACUCCUACGAGGGAAAAGAACCCGGCGAUCUCCACUUCUCCAAGGGUGACAUCAUCAUCCUGCGCCGCAAGGUGGACGACAACUGGUACCACGGUGAGCUCAACGGUUGCCAUGGUUUCCUGCCUGCGAGUUACAUCCAGUUGUUGCGUCCGCUGAGCCAGACCCCGCCGCAGGGCAAAGCACUGUACGACUUUGAGGUCAAAGACAAAGACCAAGACAAAGACUGUCUGGCCUUCAGCAAGGAUGAGGUUCUGACAGUAAUCAGGAGAGUGGACGAGAACUGGGCAGAGGGCAUGCUGGGAGACAAGAUUGGCAUCUUCCCUAUUCUCUAUGUGGAGUUAAAUGAAACAGCCAAGCAGCUAAUGGAGAUCGACAAACCUCAGCCAGCUAACGUGCCGGGGCCAAGCUCCGAGCCGGCACCUUUGGGCCCCUGCUCCCCCGGCCCCUCGCCGGGCUCCUCUCCGUCCAACGGGAACGGCUCCAGUCACCGACGAGGCGAAGGGAAGAAAAACGCCAAAAAGAGACACUCGUUUACAGCGCUGUCCGUCACCCACAGGGCGGCGCAGCUCAACAACAGGCACAGCAUGGAGAUCUCCCACCCCGUCCUCAUCAGCUCCUCCGACCCCAGAGCUGCCGCACGCAUCCAGGAUGCGUCUCCCCCCGGUCCCUCUCCCUCCUCGGCAGGGGUACAGGUGCCUCCCAAAGUGGCAUCAAUAACCUCUGAGCUGCUGGCCCAUGCCAAGGUGCAGCUGCCACUCAACAUAUAUUUGGCACUUUACGCCUACAAGCCCCAGAAGGCUGACGAGCUCGAACUAAGGAAAGGCGAGAUGUAUCGAGUGACAGAGAAAUGUCAGGACGGCUGGUUCAAAGGCACCUCACUGAGAACAGGUGCCUCCGGUGUCUUUCCUGGGAACUACGUCACCCCGGUGUCCAGGGCACCGUUUGGAGUCGGCUCUCCCCGGAGCUCAUGCCUCUCCAGUCCAGUCGGUCCAAGCGGAGGUGGUGGAAAUGGAUGUGGGCAGGUGGGAAAUAAAACCUCGGACCCUUCGUCCCCGGGGGCACCUGGCCCCUCUUUGCCCCGUCCCUCCACCCCACUGAUAAGCUCUGCCAACACCAUUAGCACCGUCAGCCCCGCCUCCUCGCCACAAAGUGCCGCCGCCCAGCUGAAAAACUGUCUGCGCUCCAGCCAACACUCGACCAACCAGGCUCGCACCUCAAUGCAGCUGGUCCACAGCCCACCAGCCAGAAGCCCAGAGCGCCCCACGGUGGCCGUUUACCCCCUCCGAUCUCAGAGCUCCUCCCCCUCACGUUGCCCGGGACAGUCGGGUCGCCCUCACUCCAUGGUUUCUCCUGGAUCCAGUUUAGGACCCUCACCCCUGUCUUCGCCCGCCUCCCGGCCCCUCCUCCCGCUCUCGUCUCCGUUAUCGUGUCUCACGCCUCCCAACGUGUCAGCAGUGCUCCUCAACGGAGAGCCAGUCAUUCCCCUUCAGCCUCCCUCACCCGGACCCUCCCACGUCCACACCCAGGGCACCCUCGCUCCCAAGGCCGAGAAGAAGGAGAGGAAAGCCGGAGGUUUGUUAAAGCUGUUAUCAGGAGCUUCGUCCAAAAAGAAACCACGCUCCCCUCCGUCCUCCCCGCCUACCCACAAUCCCUCGCUGCCUGGUCAGUGCGCCGUGGCCCCAGAUGCAGGACACCAUCCUCACUACCACCACGCCCGCUCGGGUUCCUGCCCAAUGGUGUCGCAGGGACGGGCCGGCUCCUGUCCCGUUGAGAGUGACAUGGGAGGGGCCAUCGGCCUGGAGCCGCUCCACAGGAAGUCCGGCUCCUUGGAUACAAACUUUCCCAUGUCGCCUCCGGCUACGAGGCUUUGCAACCCUCUGAUGGUCCUCAGGCCGGAGCCAAAGCCCCUGUCCAGAGAGAGGUAUCGGGUGGUGGUCCCGUACCCUCCGCAGAGCGAGGCAGAGAUCGAGCUGCGUGAGGGAGACGUGGUGUUUGUCCAUAAGAAACGUGAGGACGGCUGGUACAAAGGCACCCUGCAGAGGACGGGACAGACGGGCCUGUUCCCCAGCAGCUUCGUGGAGAGCUUCUGAACUAGAAUCAGAGAGGAAAACACACACACACACACACACACACACACUGUACACAAUAGGAAUAUAUAGACUGGGCCACACAUGAAGGUUGGACAGAUGAUGGCGUUUACUUGGUCCGAAGAUUACAAAUACAUUGGGAGAAAAAAGAACCGGGGUCGGUUGGUGCAAAACACAAUGAAAAAAAUGAACAUUUGGAAUAAAAGUACAUUUACAGAGGAUAAAACAUUUCAUUCACAAUUUAAAAAAUGUACAUUUUGCAACCCAAAUACAUGUACACUUAAAAAAAU